CUCAGCUCACACACCCCAAGCCCCCACGGCAUCCAUCUCUGCCCACCAGAUCAGUCAGCCUGAACAAGACAUCCGUCCACUGAGUCAGCACAGACCAGUAGGUGCCCUCAUCCGUUGGAUUGAAGAAAGCCAGACACUCCGCUGCGGUCAUUUCCCCCUCGGAUGAGGCAGCACUGACCACCUCACCUUGACCCAGCUGCAGCCACGAGCUCGCCACCAGAGCCUCACCGUGUCUCUCCCUCUCUAGCAGCUCAUCGAGCGUCAUGUUCAUCAGCCGCUCAUACCUUGAACGCAGUGGGGGCCUCUCGCUCUCGGGCAAGAAAAUCUCCAGGGCAAAGGAGUAGCUCUUGAGCGUGUCAUAGGCGAAAUCAAGGCCGCUCCCCGGGCAGUCGCCCCCAUUGAGAAUGGCGGCUGGUCCGAAGGGCACCUUGACGGUGGCCGAUGAGAGCUGCCUGAGCCAGGUGUGCAUCUUCUGCGCGCCCCAGGAGAGGGCGGCGCUGCGCGAGAAGGCAUACGGAUGAUAAAGUCCCAUAUUGCCGCUGCCAACACGCAGAGAGGGAGAGAGACACAUGUAAUGAAGCUCCCGCCUCCUCUCUCAGCCUCCCAACCUGUGAAUGGUCGCCAUUACUCUCGGCCUGAAGGUCGUCAGCACAUCCCGAAACAGCCGCGUCUCAGCCUCGCUGAACGCGUUGGGGCCUCCCCAUUCCACAUCAUUGCAACUGCCGUGUUCCCUCCAGUGGCUGUCCCAGUUGCGGUUCAAGUCCACCCGAUUUGGGUUCGCCCGGAUGCAGUAAUCGCCUGUCUCCACUUUCUCCCGUGACCGUGGGUUAGAGUUGACCAAGAUGCGGAAAGAGGUGGUCCGCAGUGCAUCAGCCGCUUGUUGCAAAAGGGCCUGGGGCAGUGAGGCCGACGUGUCGUUGCAGAGGAGUCUCACGACAAAGAGGCCUGCACAUCACAUCACAGGCACCACCAGAGACAGUGAGGAUGCCGCGGCAUUGCCGCCAAGCACCGACACUUACAUACCCAUCUCGGACGAUAUCAGCUCCCUUGCAUGUUCGCCGAAGAAGAGGAAAGCGCGAUUUGGCGUGUCCUUGGCUGCGCUGAUGUCCGCCACAUCAAUGACAAGAUGAUCAUCAGCCCUCUGCUGAUGCAGAUUGAGAUGUGGUCACGAGCCGUUGAGCCGCAUGAGCUCUUGAUGCAGCUGCGCUGCCGUGUGGUAGAAGGGCAGCCUUUGCAGAAGGGCGGCUGAUGUCGCUGAGGAGCCAUUCGAUAAGUCGAUGACGUCGGCCCGGGGAUGUGCUUAUGCAAUGGCCUUUGUUGGGGCUGCAGGCUCGAUGGCCAUCCAUGGGCGGCAAGUGUCCAAAGCAAUGGUAAGAAG